UAUGUGCUCAGGUCAUCUAGUUUGAACCAAAGAUGACACACAUUUGCUUCAAAUCCACUAGUACUAUCCGGGCAGCAGCGAGUCCUAACGAGUCAACUCGAAGGAUUGAGUUAACUCCAUGGGAUCUCCAGCUGCUCUUAGUUGAUCAUAUCCAAAAGGGUCUCCUUUUCUUCAAACCUACACCUUCACAAGAAGAAGAAGUACAGGGCAGCAGUGUGAUUAUUCACCUAAAAACCUCUCUGUCCCGCACAUUAGAUAUAUUCUAUCCCCUUGCUGGUCGCCUUGUCAUGGUUGGAAACGAUGAUGACAAGUCCACCUCUUUCUUUGUUGAUUGCAAUAACCUUGGAGCCCAGUUUGUUCAUGCGGUGGCUGAUGAUGUUACUGUGGCAGAUAUCCUUGAUCCCAUAUAUGUUCCAGACAUAGUCAACUCCUUCUUUUUGAUGAAUGGCAUAUUGAAUCACCAAGGCACUUCCAAGCCAUUGUUGGCUGUGCAGGUAACUGAGCUUAUUGAUGGUAUUUUCAUCGGCUGCACUUUAAACCAUUGUGUAGUCGAUGGUAGUUCAUUCUGGCAUUUCUUUAAUACCUGGUCUGAGAUAUCUAGAGGUAAUAAUAUUAAUCCCACAUCAAUAUCUCCUCCAAUUUUCCAACGUUGUUAUUUUGAUGGUAUUAUCGAUUUCCCACUUCAUAUUCCUUUCCAUCACAAUGAAAUCUCUGAUGUGAGGUCCAUUCCUCCUCCCCUGAAACAAAAGGUCUUUCAUUUUUCAAAGAAGAAAAUUUCACAACUAAAAGCAAAAGCCAAUGCCGAAAUGAGCACCAACAACAUCUCGUCCCUUCAAGCAGUAUUGGGUCAUCUUUGGCGAUCUGUGGUUCGCAACCGGCAUUGCAGCGCUAAUCAAGAGGCUCAUUACCACGUAGCUGUGGGAAUGAGGCAAAGAAUACAACCACCGUUGCCAGAAGAAUACUUCGGAAACGCGAUUUUAUUGGGGACCGUAACAACUACAGUUGAAAAUCUUCUUGAGCACGAAUUAGGCUGGGUGGCUUCACAGAUAAACAAGGUGAUUGCUUCUCAAACAGUCGAAGAAGGGAGGAAGUGUAUAGAGGAUUGGGUAAAAUCCCCAAAGAUAUCAAUACUUCGAGGAGUAACACGUAAUGCAUUGAUCACAGGAAGCUCGCCGCGAUUCAAUAUGUAUGGUAAUGACUUUGGUUGGGGAAGACCUAUUGCUGUGCGAAGUGGUGCUGGCAACAAGUUUGAUGGAAAGUUAACAGUGUUUCCUGGAAUGGAAGAAGGAAGUAUGGAUUUUGAAGCUUGUCUUUCGCCUGAGACAUUGCAAGCUAUGAUAGAUGAUUCAGAGUUCAUGGAGACUUUUGCCUCAUAAUUAAAACUUUUUUGUGAUCCUUCUUUGACCAAGAAAUGUUUGAAAUGCAAUUUGAAAUUGUAGUGUGAUCUUCCACUUUCUUAAAUAUAAUAAAAAAGAAGAAGAUGACCGUGGAAAACUUAAUGGUAGUGCUGUCUUUGAGAGAGAGAGAGAGAGAGUUAAUUGCUUGAAUGUUCACAGUGAUUUGUAAGUGUCGAGUGUUAUGACUCAGCUCAUGCUCAAUAACACCUUGAAUUGUACGAUUAUUGAAGCACUGUCAUAUCUAGGAACUUGUUUGAGUUCAACACUUCAA